AUGACUUCGGAUCGAGGAAAAGAGCCUAUCAAUGAAAUUCCUUUAGUCGAGGGUUCUGUCUUUAAGCUUUCCUUUUUAUGGCCUUAUUCGGAUCAAUACAACUAUCGUUGCAUCUAUAGAGUGCCCAACCGGUUACGGAGAGUGAACCCUGAGGCUUACACACCUCAAAUGCUUCUAAUCGGUCCUCUUCACCAUUCUAAGAAGGCUAUAGCUGCUGAUCUCUCUAAAACCGAUUCGAGAUAUUUGGACUAUAUGAAGAUGGAGCAACACAAGAUGAAAUACCUCGAAAAUAUUGAGCUUAGGUAUGGGAAGCAAACAGUCGAAGAGUUCAGAGGAAUCAUCAAAAGAGAUGAGCAAGUCAUAAGAGCAUGUUACGCAGAAUCAACGGAGUGGAUCGACUCUCACGACUUCGUUGAAAUGAUGCUCCAUGACUCGGUGUUCAUACUAGUGUUCUUCAUCUUUUACGGACGUCUAUACCUGGACAAAACAGGAGAUUUUCUUUUCGACGAGCCUUGUCACCAAUACACUAUCUUUGAAGACCUAAUCUUGCUUGAUAACCAACUUCCUUAUGCCCUUUUAGAAAAUCUCUUCGAACCCUUUUACACAAAGCAUGAGGCUAACGUAACGUUCCGUGACAUUAUCCUUCGAGGUUUUCAUAUCCAAGGAAAGAUCAAUAAAGAAACAAAAUUCCUACAUUUCACGGAUUUGCGUCGGUGCGUCUAUGUUGCGUCGCUUGGUCUAACGAAAGAAGAGCAGAUUAAGGCAAAGUUUUUGAGAAAGAAGACGAUAAUGAGUCUUCACAACGCAAACGAGCUAGACAGUGCAGGAGUUGAAUUUGUAGUUUCUAAAAAAGAAAACGAAUCUCUGGUGAUUAAAUUUGAAAAUGGAAUCUUGCAAAUGCCUUGCUUCAUGGCAGAAGAUUGCACCGAAAGGGAUUUUAGGAACAUGAUGGCACUCGAGCAAUGUCAUUACACUAACACGGCCUUUGUUUGUAACUACGCGAUGUUUUUGGACUUUCUCAUUGACACCGAGCAAGACAUUGACUUGCUUGUCAAGAAAGGGGUUAUAAAGAACUGGUUGUGCCGUGAAUCAUCAGUGGCGGAAAUGGUGAACAAGCUGUGUUUAGGGAUUGUUGAUUAUGGCUCUUACUAUUACAAUAUAGCUGCAAGCCUCAACAAACACUAUGACAAUCGUCUCAACAGAUCCGUCGCUACUCUCCGGCGAGUCUACUUCAAAGACCUUUGGACCGGAACCGCCACUGUUGCCGCCAUUGUUAUCCUCGUCUUGACUUUGAUUGGUACGGUGGCUUCUGUUCUCCAAGUGACGCAUAACGACAAUAAUCCCACCAAGUCCCAGCCUCCACCGCCUCUAGCUCGGAAACCCUAG